CAUGUAAUAACUAUAUCGUUGUCCAUUAGAGUGACACCACUGUUGGGUUAUUUACCACAAGAACUGAUGGGCACCUCGUGUUACGACUACUGCCAUCCCGACGACGUGUUGACACUCGCUGAGAGCCAUCGCACGGCGUUGCAUCAAACGGAUCGCACGAAGAACUCAUUGCCGUAUCGGUUCCGCACCAAACUCGGCACUUACCUCUAUCUGACCACUCUAUGGAAGAUAUUCAAGAAUCCGUGGACUCGUGAGUUCGAGUAUAUGGUAGCCGUCAACGAGAAUGUGGCCACACCUGACCCGCCGGCCAAUCAUCACCACCACAACCAUCGCAGUCAUCACCGCUGCCCACCGGCGCCCCAACAGACAAUGCCCGCCACCGUUGCGCGCCAUAAGACCGGUGGUGGCCAUCGGCUGGAAGUGUCCGACAACAGCGCCAGACAUCACAAUCACCACAAACGUCACACACACUCGUCGUCUCAAUCGUCAGAUGAGGGACUCAUCACAUCACAGUCCUCUCCGUCUACUAUCAACUCUAUGUCUUCGUCGGCCACUACCGGAACCGGUGGUCAGUCGUCGGACAAGUCAUCGUCGGAUAUCCCGCGAACGAGUCCUCUGUCGGCCAACUCAUCGAUUGUGAAAAGAUUUAUCGCUAAUCGUAUCAAACACUCAAAGAUCGGCCAACAGAUCGCCGAAGAGGUGUUGGAGGCCCAGCGCAGGGCCGACGAGUUUAGCUCCUCGUCCUCCCAGUCUUCAUCCAAUAGCCCGCCCUCUAGUCUCGACACCGGGAGUAGCGGUGGGGGCGGAGGCGGUGGUGUUGUCCGCAAUAACGGAUCCAUUAGCUCUUCGUCGGCCAUCGGUUCUCUUACGAGCAGCUCUCAGUCGGUAUCGUCG